GGUUUAGGGAAAAACACUUUGUUCUAUGUUAAUUUGGGGAUUUUUGAGUUAUGUUAAAUUUGGGGAUUUUUUAUGUGAUUUGAAAGUUCUGUAUCAGAUUGUCCUCUAUUUUCCCCUAAAGUACAUACAACCGCAAUUAGUUCACAGCAAAAACUCACUGAAAACCAUUUUUCCCUAAAAUACAUGCAUAUUUUCACCUAAAAUACAUUUUCGUAUUUUCAAACACAAAAACGCAUACAACUGCCAUUAGUUCAUAGCAAAAACUCAAUGAAAACUACCAUGAAUUCUUGCACAUCGAAUCCUCUCUCUUCUUGCCAGUUUUCCCUAUCUGACAAUUUCUAGGGUUUCCACUCCAUUGCUCUCACCCACCUGAAAAAAUGGCGCUCAAAACUACCAGGAUUGGCUCUUCUGUUGUAAUUAGGGUUUAUUUGAGCUCUUUGAAUCUAACUUCCCAUAGUUUCAGCUCUUCUUUUCUUUCUUACCCUAAUUCUGAGGAUUUAACAUCGAAGGAAGACCUCAUCAAAUCUCUCUGUAAAUCUGACAUGGUUGAUGAGGCUCUCGAGCUCUUCAAAGAAGUGGCUUCGGAGGUAACCCCAAAACCUUCUAUUUCAACCUGUAAUUAUGUUCUGGCUACUCUAGUUAGGGUUAACAAAUUCCAAGCUACAUUAUCUACUUAUGAUCUCAUAAACCAGUCUCGAAUUGUUCCUGAUCUUGUUACUCUGAACAUUAUGAUGAAUUUUUAUUGUGAAACCCAUCAAAUUGAUCGUGCUUUUCAGGUUUUAGACCAGAUUCAAGCCUUUAAUUAUGCACCCACUGUUGUUACUUAUAAUACUUUGAUUAAGGGUCUUUGUAAGAGCAAAAUGGUUAGUGCAGCUUUGAGAAUUUUGCAGAAAAUGGGAAUGGAAGGGCCCUUUCCAAAUGAUCGAACUUAUUCAAUUGUCAUUGAUGGUCUUUGUAACUCUUCGAGAUCAGAAUUGUGUUUGGGUUUGAUUGGGGAAAUGUUGCAGAAGGGGUUGAAUCCCACCGUUGUUACUUACAACACCAUUCUAGCUGGCUUGUGCAAAGAUGGAAAAAUUAGAGCUGCUAAAAAGCUCUAUAAAGAGAUGAAAAAUCAAGGAAUUAGGUCAAAUUUGCUCACCUACACUGCACUUAUUGAUGGGUUGUGCAAGGAAGGCUCAUUAGAUGAGGCCAAGAAGUUGUUUUACGAGAUGUCGGAGAAGAAUAUAUCUCCAAGUGUUGUUACAUACUCUGCCUUGGUACAUGGGUUGUGCGCUAAAGGGCAGUGGCGAGAUGCCACGAUGAUUCUCCAUGAGAUGCUUGAUAGGGGACUAAGCCCUAAUGUUAUUACAUACACGGGAGUGUUGGGUGGAUUAUGUAAGGAAGGUAGGCUCCCUCAAGCUUUGAGAUUGUUAGAUUCCAUGUUUCAAAAGGGCAUAGAGCCUAAUGCCGUGACAUAUACUACUUUGAUCGAUGGUCUCUGUAAAGGUGGGCGUUUGGAUGAUGCCAUGCGAACCUUUCGUCUCAUGGAAGAGAGGGGACAUGGGUCUAAUUUGGUGGCUUAUAGCGUGUUAAUUGAUGGUUUUUGUAAGAUUGGAAAGAUAGAGGAAGCCAUGGAGCUUUUUAGAGAGCUUGUUGCUAAGGGAUCCAGACCUCAUGUGAUUAUUUAUAACACCUUGAUGGAUGGAUACAUCAAAAUGGGGCAGCUCGAAGUUGCUCAAAGACUCUUUGAUGAGAUGAAAGAACAAAACGAGGAGCCUAAUGUUACGAGUUAUACUGUGUUGAUGAAUGGGUUUUGCAAAGCAGGUGCUUUGGAGAAGGUCAUGGACUUGUUUGAGGAAAUGACAAAGCAAGGGAAAAAACCGAAUGUUAUCACUUAUAAUACACUCAUAAAUGGGUUGUGUAAAGCGGGCAAGUUUCAAGAUGCAAAAGGAAUGCUUUCUGAAAUGUGUGAGAGAGGGAUUGAGGCUGAUGUGGUGACAUAUUCAUCAAUUAUAAAUGGCUUACGCAAGAAACAACAAUUGAAUGAGGCCAGGGAAAGUUUUGCUUAUGUGGUGGAGAAAGGGAUCCAUCCAAACAUUGUCACUUACAAUAGUAAUUUGCAAGAGCUUUGUGUGAAAGGUGAGAUUGAAGAGGCGCUCAAGUUACUCCAUGAAAUUAAUGUGAGUGAUAUUGCACCAUCUGCUUAUACAAUCUCUCUGUUCCUUGAAUGUGUUCAUAAAUCUGGAUAUUUUGAGAAGGCCUCAGAAUUGAUUUCAGUGUUGGCUAGUAAACGACAGAAAGAUGGUACCCACUCUGAUGUUGAACUAUUGGACAUUCUUUGUAACGAGUUCAAUUUACCCAACCAAAAGUCUUGAUUGCUUCCCCCAGCAUGAUACUGUAACAUUUUUGUUGUAAAUUCUUGGUAAUUUUUACUGUGAUUGGUCAAAAGGUAGAGCUCAUUGUAUUUUAGAACCUGUCAUGAUUUAUUCAUUUUGUACAGAAGUUACAGGGUUCUUUCAAAGAGUUCCAUAUUUGGCAUCUUUCCUGUUAAGAUUUCUGUAGAGAGGAAUUGCAUAUUAUUUUGGGAAAUUGUAUCAAUGUUACUCUUUAUUAAACUAUUUCAGAGGUUCUGACAAUUUGUUUUAUGAUUGAAAGAUAUGUGUAUGCAGUAUUCCAUAGAUUAGAUUCAAAUGUAUUGUACAUAUGUAGCUUGUUCAUAGGCUUUCGAGCUAAAAAUGUAAAUGCAUGCGCCCUAAAGUAAAAGGUAACUGUUGAAAGCCGUAAUGAAAGCAUAAACAUAUCGCAUUGUUAGAUGUGUACUGUCUGAUUGUCAACUUCCCAGUGUCAUUCUGGUUCAGGAAGCCUUACAUAGACUCUUCACAUGUACUAAGCUUCCUUCCUUCUGUCUUUGAAAAUACCUUAUCUUAAAUACCACCAGAUCUUAACUGUAUUAUUCUGGCGUUAUUUGUACAUGUUUCAUUUAAUAUUUUGUAUGUCUAUAGGGUAGAUUGCCUUAAGACUGUAAAAUGCUUCAAUCGCAUGCUUAGAAUUCUGAGGGUAUAUGUUCACUUCUAUUUUGUGCACCUCUCUGCUAUGAAAGAUUAGAAAUUAUUGUUACUCGGCCCUAGCCUGAGGUGAGUUACUUGGGGGUUCACUUGGACUCGCUUGAAAAAAAAAGCUGUUGAAAAAAAAAAAGGAGCAAAAAUAGUAUAGUUUCAAUGAAACCAAGAACAAUCUAAAAAGUUCAAAUUAUCUUAACAAAAAUUACAAAAUAUGGAUUAAGAAAAAGAAUGAUUUAUAGUUGGGGAUAGUUUAAAAAAUCCAAAAAAAAGAAAGAAAAAAGAUAUAUGGCAAAAAAAGAACUAACUGAUCUUUGACUAGAACAUCCAAAUUAAAUAUAUACAUCUAUCCCAUAUAUUUAUAUAUCUUUUUGUAUUUUUGUUCUAUUUUUUAAUAUGACACGAGUUAUCCUGGGUAACUUGGCUCACCAAGGGGAUGACCACUUGGCUGACUUGCGAAAGCUGCCUUCAACUUCAGGCAUUUCAUGCUUCCACCAUCAAAAUCCUCUCAGUGGAGAUAUUCUUGUUUAGUCCCCACAUCAGUAUAAUUGCUGCAUUUCAGGUGCAUAUUUAGGUUUGUGCAUUCUGGCGUUUGUUAAGAGAGAAAGAGAGAGAGUUGACUAAACAUAUCGUAAGCGGACAAGAAAAUCUCAACUCUGAUAUUUCAGUGUUCCUAUGAUGCAUCCUGAGGAAGAGAUGCAUCCUCCAUACUGAUACCAGAUUCAAGAGUUUCUUUUCACAAUAUGUUUAAUUAACUUUCCCUCUCUCUCUCUAUCGCUCAUGACAGCAGGUUAGAUAUUGGUGUGUAAUGAAAAUAGCAGGAGCUCUUUAGUAUCUAUUAUUUAUCAAAGGGUGGUUUUCCUGGAUAUUCAAUUUUUAACGCAUCGUAUGGGCAAACAUAGAGUUAAGAAUAAAGUGAAAAUAAAGAAAUUGAAGAUACAGUGAUGCCAAUUUGAGAAAAAAGAAAAAAAAGUUACACAAGUGAAUUCAAAAAA